AUGGCUGAGGCGGAAGGCGCCCCUGCCAAGCAGAACCCCAUGCGCGAGCUGCGCCUGGAGAAGCUCUGCCUUAACCUGUGCGUUGGCGAGUCUGGUGAUAAGCUCACCCGUGCCGCCAAGGUUCUGGAGCAGUUGACUGGCCAGCAGCCCGUCUUCUCCAAGGCCCGCUACACCGUGCGUACUUUCGGCAUCCGCCGUAACGAGAAGAUUGCCGUCUCCUGCACCGUCCGCGGUCAGAAGGCUCUGGAGAUCCUCGAGCGCGGCCUGAAGGUCAAGGAGUACGAGCUCUACAAGGAGAACUUCUCGGCCACCGGCAACUUUGGCUUUGGUAUUGACGAGCACAUUGAUCUGGGUAUCAAGUACGAUCCCGGAAUCGGUAUCUUCGGCAUGGACUUCUACGUCGUCAUGGGCCGCAAGGGCUUCCGUGUUGCUCGCCGCAAGCGCAAGCACAGCCGCGUCGGUGCCCCCCACCGCAUCGAUAAGACUGACACCAUGAAGUGGUUCCAGCAGCAGUACGAUGGUGUGCUCAUGACCGGCAAGCCCGUCAACCGCUCGGUCAACCGCCCCAUCAAGAAGAAGAAGAAGAAAUAA